GAUGGCCAACUCGUUUCAUUUUUCGCUGCUGGACAGACACAAAGGCAGACAGAAAGACAACAGCAGUAGCAAGAAUCUUUUUCUCUCUGUGUGUGUGUGUGUCGUUGAUGAAUUGUGGUCAAAUUCAAUAAUAACGACAACAGAAUUGAGUUGACUUUUGACAAUAUCGCGAUAUCCUGUCCAAAAGAAAGACCGUCCGUUAUCAUCACGGGAAUAUUGUACCAACCGGCUUGACAAGUGUGUGUCUUGUUUGCUUGUCAUCAACCCGACUUUAAUCUUGGAUUGACGAUUGAUAUUCCAAUCCAGCAGCAGAAGUCAUACAAACACAAUGCGAAUCUAUUUGAAAACGCUAAGCAAUGACACCUGCAAAGAGGUGGAUCUUCCCGUUGGAUCAACUACGUUGGGACGCGGUCAACUAUUGGAUUGUGCCGACAAAAAAGUGUCGAGGACUCAUGCAGCCAUCGAAGUGAGCAACAGUGGCGAAGUGAUUCUAACUUCGCUGCAUGUGAAUCCAACAUUCUAUUUUGGCAAAGAUCCACAAUCGACUCCCAAAUUGAUCAAAAAAGACAACACGUUGAAUCUGAAUCACGGUGACGUGUUUGGCUUUCAAGCACAACAAUACAAAUACCAGGUAUUCAUCGAAGAUUUGGUCUCCAGCACCACCACCAACGAUAAUCCACAACAACAAAAUGAUUCUGCCGAUGCGGCCAAAAAGGUCACCAAUAACAACGAUAGUCCAAGCACGACAACGACCACCGCCAACGAUAAUGUGAAUGGCUCGAAUUCCACAACCCAACAACAACAACAACAGAAAAAGGCGACUGAUGCUCCUGCUAGCAAACGCGCCACUGAUGAUGAUGACGAAAAUACCAAGGAUACAGACAACAACAAGGACAAGCCGCAGUCAGGAGGACAACAAGCCAAGAAACGAGGUCGUAAAUCAGCUGCUGCUGCUACUGCUACUGCUGCCACUCAGUCCAAAUCUAAAGACGAAAGCGACUACGAACAAGACGAUGAUGAUGAUGAUGUUGAUGCUGAUGACGACGACGACGAAGACAUGGAAAGCGACGACGAUAAUGGUGAUGAUGACGAUGAGGAAGAAGAGGAGGAAGAAGUCGUUUCGUCGAAACGUAAAUCGGCCAAGAAUGCCAAAGCGUCGACGGCUGCCGGUUCUUAUCGCGGACGUCCUCGACGAGCACAGAAACAGGCCAAGUCAAAUGUCGUGUCGUUGGAUGAUUUUGUGGCCAGUGAUGACGAACUAUGGCAACAAAGUGAGAGUGAAGAAGACUAUAAACCAAGUCGAGGUCGCAAACGUGGAGCUGCCGCUGUUUCAAGCAGUGGGUCCGACAGCGACUGGGAAAUGGAACGAAAGUCAGGUGGUCGAGGUCGUGGUAGUGGUGGUGGUGGUGGUCGAUCACGUAGUAAAUAUGUAGAAUCGGACGUUGAUUCCGAUUCAGACAGCGAUUGGGGCAAAAAGAAAAAGAAAUCGACACCAAAAAAAUCGUCAGCCAGUCGAGCUGGAUCGAAACGCGGCCGACAAACUCCAACGAGGAAAUCGACUCGUCGAGCAGCACGAAGUGAAUCCGAAGAAGAAGACAAUAUUGACGAUGAUAUUGAGGACGAUUUGGAUCUGGACGACCGUCACCCGACGUCUAAACGGAAAUCUAAAGCGCGUUCGAAUCGUAAAGCGGACGAUGAUUUUGUUGACGAUGAAGAGGAUGAAGAUGAUGAUGGUCGUCCCGUUAACAAACGCAAAGCCACAAACAAACGUCCUCCAGGAAGACCGCCCAAACGGGCAGCAGCCAAAAAAGCCAACAAGAAGACGAAAGACCUCAGUGAAGAGGAAGAAGAAGACGAUGAUCAAGAUGUCGAUGAAAUUGGAGCAUUGGCUUCCGCGGCCGAUGCUUGAUCGGUA